CACUGACUAUGGUAGCUGUGAAUCUCAGCUGGCCAGCGCCGCACGUGAAAUCUGGGAACUUUAGAACAGCAACAUAAACUAAGCAUUAAGCAGAAGGGACCCCUAAAGGAGCGGGAGCAAAGGACCCCACCAUGACCUUCAUCCUCCCUGCACAAGACCCUGGAAGAAGCUGUAUUCUGGGCUAUCGAUUUCCCUGUCAGUCGACGUUCUGGGUAUCGUCAGGGAGAAAUGAACUCUGACCGACUUUAAUACUUCAAUGGGGCCAUGAGUUGCUAAAGGAAUUAGCCAGAAGGAUGGAUACCAGGUUUCUAAAAACAGGUGAGCUGUGUGGAUAUGUGGCCAGCAGGAACACAGCCAAAGGUACACCUCAGAGACACUCCAGGUAGGAUGUCCCUAACUCUUGCCCUUCUCUGAGGGGCAGUAAAUGAAAAGUCCUGCCACUUGAAUUUGGCUAGCAGAGCCUACAGUCGCGACCAAUUAGGGCAUUCCUUACCCUCUGUCUGAUGCAUUCUGUCUCCAGACAAGCAGCAAUAUUUUGGGUGCCAUGUUUGCAAAGGCUUUAACCUCAUUAAAAAGGAAACAAUUUCUUUUUGUGUAUUGGUGGCACCUUUACUGUCACCUGACCCAAUUCUAAAGGGAAACCAAGCACAAUGGAUCUACCUGAUGUUGUGCUAACCUCAGUGUGACCAUUCAAAUCUCUUCUCCGAGGUUCCGUCAGCACUUGAGUUGCCCGUGAAAGUGUGCCAGGCUACUAGCCAGCAGGCUGGGCAGGGCAGAUGUGGACCUUAGAUUUGCUGCCCUCUGCACUUCAGUGUAUUUCUGAUGAUGCUAAAAUUCCAUAAUGGAAGAUGGGGUUGUGUGGUUUAGUAACAUGAGGCCGCAGCUGACACUGUGACCGCAGUUCCCUGAGGCUCAAAGUUUGGCUGUUGCUGUGAAAAGGUGCCCUUGACUUUCCUGGCUUGACAAACAUGGUCUCCUCUGCUUUCUGAUUGCCUCAGUGGAUGGCAUGGUGUAAAAUAACGAGCUGGAAAGACCUCCAGUGCCUGUGAGUCCAGUUUAGGUUCCUCUCAGAAACAGAUCCAGGGGAGCAAAUGCAAAUGAAAGCAGUUUUUCUUCCUACAGAGAUGAGGCACUGGGACCGAGACUGGAAGCCAGGAAGAUGUUACCACGCGAGUGGGCACUAGAGGGGAAUCCAGCUGGGAGACUUUGGCAGCUAGGGCAGAAAAGACAGUUGCUGCCAGUUGGAAUGAAGGCUGGAAUUCACAGAACCUGAGGACUCAAAAUGGCUGGAAAAGUCACCCUCAUCACCGGAUACCCUGAAGUCACUUUCUUCCUCUAGUCGAACAGUUUGGCUGUCAGCUCAGCUCCAGUGGAUAACAGGAAUCGCGAUGAAGAAAUGGUGACCCGUUGCAUUAUUGAAGUCCUCUCAAGUGCUCUGUCCAAGUCCAGUGUUCCAACUGUCACCCCUGAGUGCCGGCAAGUCCUGAAGAAGAGUGGGAAAGAGGUCCAAGGUGAAGAAAGAGGUGAAAAUGAGAACUCAAAGUUUGAAGUACGAUUGCUAAGAGACCCAGCUGAUGCCUCAGUAGCCCACUGGUCCUCCAGUAGGGAGGAAACAGGAGCUCCAGGAGAAGACACUCAAGGCCAGACAAAGACAGACAAUGAGAAGUGGGUAGAAGGAGGAGGGCACAGCCGAGAGGGAGUAGACAAGCUGCAGGAGAGCCUCCAUCCCUCCAACCAACAAGAGUCCAAAGAAGCAAAGAUACACCAUUCGGAAGAGAGUGGGGGAGAGGAAAGGGAGGAAGGAGAAGGCAAGAAUUACCCAAAAGGAGAGCACAGGGAAGAUGCUGGAGAAGAGAAAUACCUCGAAGCUCAAGGAGAGAAACAGAGCACCUUCUCCAACAAAAGAAGCAACACUACGGGUAAGAAAAAAGAGGAGUCCUGGAGCAGACCAGAUACACACUCUGUGGGGCUCAACGAGAAGACACACAGCCGGGAACAAGGCAGCCAGGAGAGUGGAGAGGAGGCAAGGAGGCAGGAGAAACAACCCCAGGAGCUUAGCAACCACGACCAGAGCGAAGAAGAAUCUGAAGAAGUUGAGGAAGACGGGACCUCUGAAGUAACCAAACGAAGGCCCAGACAUCACCAUGGGAGAAGCCGGCCCAACAAGUCUUCUCAAGAAGGGCAUCCUGUAUUGGAGGAAAGGAGACAUGGCCCUGAGGAGUCAGAGGAGGCAGAUGUGACCACAGCUAGUUUAGGAGAAAAGAGGGGCCACCAUUCAACCCACUACAGGCCUUCAGAGGAGGAACCUGAAUAUGGGGAAGAAAUGAGAAGCUAUCCAGGCUUCCAGGUUCCCGAGGGCCUCUGGGGACCACAGUAUGGGGGCAGAGGAAGUGAAGAGGACAGAGCUCCAAGAACUCAGAGUGAGGAGAGCCAGGAAAAACAGUACCAGAAAAGCCAGGCCAACUCUGAAUUUGAAAGCAUGGCAAACAGACACGGUGAAGAAACUGAGGAAAGGAGGGGCUAUGAAGGGGCAAAGGGAGGCCAACACAGAGGUCGGGGAGGUGAGCCAGGUGCCUAUUCUGCCCCUGACAGCAGAGAAGAGAAAAGGUUCCUGGGUGAAGGACAUUACCCUGUUCACGAAGGCCCCAUAGAUAAGGCAAAAAGAUAUCCACAAAGCAAAUGGCGAGAACAGGAGAACACCUACCUCAACUAUGGUGAGGAAGGGGACCAAGGGAAAUGGUGGCAACAGGAAGAGCUGCUAGACCCGGAAGAAAGCAGGGAGGAAGUGAGGUUUCCAGACAGACAAUACGCACCCUAUCCCACCGCUGAGAAGAGGAAGAGGUUAGGGAUGCUAUUCAACCCCUACUUUGACCCUCUCCAGUGGAAGAAUAGUGAUUUUGAGAAAAAAGACCACCCAGAUGACAACUUCCGCGAAGGCGAAGAUGGAAAUGGGUUGACCUUGGCUGAGAAGAAUUUCUUCCCGGAGUACAAUUACGAGUGGUGGGAGAAAAGGCCCUUCUCGGAGGAUGUGAACUGGGGAUACGAGAAGAGAAGCUUUGACAGGGCCCCUCAUCUGGACUUUAAAAGGCAAUAUGAUGACGGAGUGGCUGAACUGGACCAGCUCCUUCACUACAGGAAGAAGUCGGCCGAAUUUCCGGACUUCUACAACUCGGAGGAGCAGGCGGGGCCUCGCCAGGAGGCAGAAGAUGAAAAGGGCAAGGCUGACCAGAGAAUUCUGACCGAGGAAGAGAAAAAAGAAUUGGAGAACCUGGCUGCCAUGGAUCUGGAGCUGCAGAAGAUAGCGGAAAAGUUCAGUCAGCGGGGCUGACGGUCCAAGAGUCGGUCGGAGAGACUGAAGGAUACCACCGAUUCACCCAAAGGCAGAAAGGCAGAGCUUAGUAUUCAUUAAACAUUUGAUGCAGUUGGAAAUACCAUUUAUCUUUGCCAGAAUGCUAAUGCUGUGUGACUAGACUGACGUGUAGCAUAUCCUCUCUGUGAAAUAGAUGUUCACACGCCUGUGGCGAUGACCGUGUA